AUGACGCGCUCGGUGCGGGCUGCGCGUAGAACAAGGAACCUGCACCGGGUCGGCCACUUGUUGUUGUUUGAGCUUCACGACCUCAAAUAUGUUGCGAGUCAUCGAUUGAAGUGUCCCGACGGUAUAGGAUGGCCAACCAAAGCCUUGCUAACAAUCUUGCCGCGACAAUUUCCCGAGUUUCCCUCGAAGGACGGCCAACAGUCGUACGUCGAUUAUGUCUUGCAAAAUGAUGACGUCUUGCAGCCGGAGUUCUUGGCCAAUGUCCUUCUGCUAGAUGGGCCCGGCGACCCAAGAGGAAACGUCCACAAUGAACACGAUCUCGUCAGGUCUUACGGCAGCAAAAUUCUCUCACUGGAGCGGUGGUCACAUCAUGUGACCCUCCCGGUGCCAGGACCGUACCUUAUUGAAGAUGGUUCGUUGUGGCAAGUGUCCAGGCUAUAUGACGAUAUUCAGGGCGCCUUUAUGGUUGCGGUAGAGCCACCUGAGGCAAAGAAGGUUGGCGACACCGUGUAUAUCCCGUUGAGGAUCUCUGGUGCGCAGUAUCAGACUUUGAGCAUCGCGACACCUUCGCGUGCAGUAAGGUACUCUAAAGGACCAUUAGAUGGGAUGCGCAUUGCAGUCAAGGACAUGUUCGACAUGAAUGGAUUGACAACGACACUAUGCAACAGAGCUUUUUACGACAUCAGUACACCCUCGACUUCUACAGCAGUAUGCGUGAAGAGACUCAUUGACGCUGGCGCGGACGUACUAGGAACGACCAAGAUCAGCUCAAUGAUAUCAAGAGAAGAGCCGACCGAGGCCAUUGAUUACCAUGCUCCGUUCAACCCAAGAGCUGACGGCUACCAAUCUCCGGCUGGGAGCAGCAGUGGAAGUGCUGCUGCGAUUGCUGCUUACGACUGGCUUGAUCUUACCAUAGCAGAAGAUACCUCGGGAAGUGGAAGACGUCCCGCCGCAGCCAAUGGAUGUUUUCAAUAUCGUCCAACACAUGACCUUGUGGACCUUGGAGGAAUGUGGCCGACUUUUCUGCAAUUUGAUACUCCAGUCAUCUUGUCUCGAGACUUGACCAAAUUUGCUUCAGUGGCUUCGCUGUGGUGCCACCUCGAAUCAACGACAGGCGCUGGAGUUACACCUAGACCCUCUUGCAUCCUGUAUCCGCAAGACUACUUGCCGAAGGAUAAUGAACAGCAUUUGGAACAUCUUGAGUCCUUUGUUGAUGACCUCAGGACUUCGAUCAGUGGCACGCUGGACCGAGUCUCGAUAAGGCAGAAAUGGCUAGAUUCACCCCCAGAAGGUUGUGAGGGCCAGGAUCUCGAAGCCUUUCUCAGCGAUGUUAUUGUCCAGACCUUCUACCGCGAGUUCUAUCACAGCCAGGCUUCAUUCCGGGACCGGUAUGUGAAGAAGCGAGGCAAGGAACCCUACGUGAAUUCUUUCGUGAAAUGGCGGUGGAACCUGGGCAGAGGAGUCACGAAAGAGCAACACCGAGAGGGUCUGCGACGGUUGGAGGUCUACAAGUCUUGGUUUCUCAACGAAGUCAUGGGAGGUCCGGAAAAGAACUCAAUCUUGGUGAUGCCUAUCUCGGAAGGGGUGCCAAACUACCGGGAUCAUCCCCCUAACCCACCCACCGUACAAAGCGGGUUCGAUUCCCUCUUCCUGUCUCCUAUAUUGGGAUGCCCAGAUCUUGUCAUUCCAAUAGCACAAAUCCCGUUUGAAUCCCGCAUCACCGAACGUCAAGAACAACUUCCCGUUUGCGUGAACCUGCUGGGAGUACCCGGAAAGGAUCUUGAUCUGAUUAGUGCAGCAACAGCUGUACUCGACACUUCCGGCCGGCCAUGUGCAGUUCGGGUUGGCUCAGAGAUGUUCUAG